AUGUCUGUUAUUUACUCCCAAACUGAAGCCUAUCAGGUGCUUGAUGUGCUGGGGAAGGGCACGUUUGGAAAAGUGGUAAAAUGCUGGAGACACAGUGAUGGAGAGCUGGUGGCUGUCAAAAUCUUGAGUCAUGAAGACGUUGGGAGCCAGUUGAUGAGAAAUGAGCUGAAUCUGAUCACCAGGUUACAGUCCACUUUCAAGAGGAGUCAUAUAGUUCACUUUUUCGAGGGAUUUUGUGAUCCAACUCAGCACUACUUGGUGUUUGAGAUGUUGCAGAAAAACCUGCGUGAGCUGCAAAGGGAGAGCAGUUUCAGGUCUUUGCCUGUGCGCCACAUCAGGACUAUUACUUGUCAGAUACUGAAAGCAUUAGCAAAACUCAGAGAACUGGCCAUCAUUCACGCCGACCUUAAACCUGAAAACAUCAUGAUUGUCAAUCAGCAGCGCUUUCCCUUCAGGGUCAAACUGAUUGAUUUUGGCUCAUCUAGUGUUUUCAGUGAAGUGCGCUUUGUCAGAGAACCUUACAUGCAGACCAGAUUUUACAGAGCUCCAGAGAUUCUCCUUGGACUUCCCUUCUGUGAAAAGAUAGACAUGUGGUCCCUAGGCUGUGUAAUGGCUGAGCUUUAUUUAGGGUGGCCUCUUUAUCCAGGCCAAUCCGAGUUUGAACAAGUGCGCUACAUCUGUGAGACUCAGGGUCUGCCACAUUCCUACCUGCUGAACACAGCUACAAAAACUAAUCGGUUCUUCCAACUUACCAGAAACCAACACGGUGCCCCUGUAUGGAAACUGAGACCUUCACUGCGUGCUUCUAACGGAGACAUCAUUGAGCAUCGCAAAUAUGUUUUCAGUUCCCUGGACCAGUUAUACAACUUGAAAAUCCCAAAGGAUAACAAGACGUUCCGUAUUGAGAAUGAGGCCGCUGAGAUCACAGACUGCCACCACAUGGUCGAGCUUAUCAAACGAAUGCUGGCUUUCACCUCUCGUCAGCGAAUACACCCAAAUGCAGCUCUACGACACUCGUUCAUUACACUUACACACCUCGACUCCCCAGAUACUCAAGAUUAUUAUGAUCUGUCAUUCCAGGAGCUGCAGAAAGCUCUAAUUUAGCCAACAGCUACAGUUUCCAGGGCAAAAGAACUGCACUCCAGAAGUAGAGAUUUUACAGAGCUCCAGAGAUUCUCCUUGGACUUCCCUUCUGUGAAAAGAUAGACAUGUGGUCCCUAGGCUGUGUAAUGGCUGAGCUUUAUAUAGGAUUGCCUCUUUAUCCAGGCCAAUCUGAGUUUGAACAAGUGCGCUACAUCGGUGAGACUCAGGGUCUUCCACAUUCCUACCUGCUGAACACAGCUACAAAAGCCAAUCAGUUCUUCCAACUUACCAGAAACCAACACGGUGCACCUGCAUGAAAACUGAGACCUUCAAUAGAUGAUCCUAACAUAGUUGAACAUCGUAAAUAUAUCAGUUCUGGACGAGCUAUGCAACAUUGCAACAUUCUUCAGCGAGGUUAAGGCCGCUGAGAUCACAGACUGCCACCACAUGGUCGAGCUUAUCAAACGCAUGAUGACCUUAAACUCUCGUCAGCGAAUACACCCAAAUGC